AUGAAAAAGAAAAAAAAGAGUGGUGAAGAUGAUGUAUGGGACGAAUCAUUAAACGACUUUAUGGAAUUAAAUAAGAAUAGUUGUAGUUUAACAAGAGAUACAAUACAUGGUCGUCUUCGACCUGAACCUGAAAUAAUAGAAAAUAUAUUAGAAGAAUUAGAAAAUAAGAUAAGACAUUAUUUUAAUUUAUAUCAAAUCGAAAAGGAGAAAAGGACAUGUUCAGAUAAGAAUAAUUAUUAUUUACAAAAGGAAUUAUAUAAAGCAUAUGCAACAUUAGAUAAGAAUAAAUUAUAUACAAAAAAACUGGAAGAUAAAUUAAAUAGUAUUAAAGAAAAUGAAUGUAAUUUAAUAGAUACAGUACGACGUAUUGAUUUGUUAUAUAUCCAAUUAGAUACUUUAGUACAAUCUUUUGCAGGUGUAUGUACUCAAGUAAUUGUUGAAAUAAAUGAAAAUAAGGAUAAUGUAAUGAAUACAAUUGACAUAAAAAGAAAGAAGGGAGAAACAAUAAAGAUGUUAUUAGAUUAUAUAUAUCCUUGUCGAACACUUGACCCACGUCUUAAUUCAUUAUAUGGAAUGUUAUAUUAUCAAUCUAUUGGUUUAUUAAAAGAUGAAAGUUUUGUAGGCCCUCCUAUACCUCCUAUACCACCUGUAGUACCUUCUGAAUCAAAUGGAUGGUUACCUCCAUGUGGUAAUAAUAAUAAUAAUAAGAUGAUGAUAACAAGUGAUAAUUAUGUGAAUAUUUUAUCAGAUCAUCGUUUUUCUGAUUUAAUAAGAAUGGUACAUAGUGGGCAAAGUGCUGUUAUCAAUUAUCCUGAUAUAAUAAAAAAUAUGGAGGAUGCAGAAAAGGUUCCCCAUAAUGAAAAUAAAAAUAAUAUUAACAUUAAUAGUAAUCUUAAUAGUAAUAAUAUUAAUAUGAAUGAUAAAGGAAGUUCUUAUGAAUCAUUAAUUGUACAGGACUUGACUGGUUUCGAUGUACAUAUAGGUAUCAUAGAAAUAAAUUGCCAUAUGAAUGAUCCUAAAAUUGUAUGUGUCGUACGAUAUGACGAUGAAAGCGUUAAUUCAGCUAUUCAAGAUGUUCAAAGGGUUAGCAAACCUAAAAGUCCUGAUCAGGUGAUGUCAACAGGUGAAUAUAUUUUUAAUGUGGAUAAUAAAAUACAUUUGAAUAAAUUACCACAGAAGAAAACUGGAGAUGUUCCAAGCUUUAUGAUAGACAUACAUGAUGUAAAUGCAAAGGAGUUACUUGGUGUAUGUUCAUGUUCUUUUAUUAAUGAGAAGACUUUAAUAAAAAACAGUAUUUGGGAUAUAUAUUCUAAAAAGAAUAAUUCGACACCAGAUAUGAUAAUAGGAAAAAUUUAUGUAACAAUUUCUCCAUAUCCAUCUAAGUCUAUAUUACCUGCCCAGCUUUUUAAGAAUGUAAAACACACUCAAUAUAAUACAACAGGUAGGAUGGUUUCUCAGGGUGUUGUAUCGAAAUCUAAUGUAGAUAUGUCAAAAAAAAUGAAUGACAUUAAGAUAUCUACUAAAGGAAAGGUAGGUUUUCAAAAAUCGGCUGUCCUUAGUAAGGUUAUAGUGGAGAAAACUCCUCUUGAAAGCAAAAUGAAAACCUCAGCUCCAAUUCAAAGAGGAAAGCGGGUGUCCUUCAAGACCUUCUCCCUAAAAUUGGAAUCGUCAGGGUCAAAAGAAAAGGCAGAUAAUAAUACAGAAGAGGAAAGUAAAAAGCAGAGGGAGAAAGAAGAAAAUGUUGCAGAUAAUAAUAACAGAAAUGUGGACGAUAAAAAAAAAGAAGGUGAUAAGAAUGUGGAAGAAACAAAUAAAAUAUCUUCAACAUUUUCUGUAAAAAAUUUUAUCAAGAAUUUUGCAAACAAGAUUGAGUCCAAUAAAAUCGAAAAGGAGAAUGUUUCAUUUACUUUGAAGAGAAAAACAGAAAAUGAGGAAAUCAAGGAUGAUAAAAAUUUAACUGAAGAAAAUAAAGUGGAAAAGAAGGAACCAGAGGAUGAAAAUAAGAAUAAAGAUAAUAUUGUAAAGAAGGAAAUUUCAAAAGCAAAAGAUGGUAUCUUAAAAAUUAAGCUCCCUGCAUUAGCAAAAAAGGAGCCAAGCAUUGUUACGAAGGAGAUGGCAAAGAGUAAUUCCAUCGAACAAAAGUUAGAUGAUGAGAAGAAGAUGAUAUCAAUGGGGAAAAGUAUAGAAAUGAAAGGAAAAGGUCUACCGGCAAGCAACGAAAAUAAUAAUGAAAAUAAAAAUGAUAACAACGGAAAUAAUAAUAACAGUGCAGAUGGUAAGGGCAUAAUAGGUAAACCCAAAAUCCCUUUGCCAAAAAUAAAAAUGGAGUUAAAAAAAGAAAAUUUAAAUAAAAUUUUAUUAAACAAAACGAUAGCCAAAACUUCAACAGAUGAAACAAACAUGAGCAAUACAAAGAACGAAGAAGGAACCAAACCCAAGUUUUCCAUCUUUAAAAAAGACACUCCUCUUAAUAAAAAAGAAGAUAGUGCAAAAGUAUCAAAAUUUGCAAAAAUAUCGAAAACAGUGCUAAAUAAAAAUGAUAUGGAACAAAACAAAAUUGCUGAAGGAAGUAAAGCAAAUGAUGUUGCAAUGAAAAAGGAAACAACAGCCAAAGGAGAAAUAGUUAGUGAAAAGAAGAAAACGAGUAAAGGUUCAAUGUUUUCUUUUUUUAAGUUAAGACAUUCAAAGGUAGAAAAUGAAGGGGAUACAACUAAAGUAGGCGAGGUACAAAAAGGUGUAUCCGAAACACAAAAAAAGGAGGUAGGAAAUAAAGCUAUUGAAAAGGACGUUUCAAAGAUGAUUAAAUUGCCAAUCCAGAAAAAGGAAGCACCAAGUAUAACAUCACAAGAUAGUGUGGAGAGCGAAGAACUGAAAAGCAGAAUUCAAGAAGCCAAAAGUAAGACCCUAUUAAUUGAUAAAAGCAAGAUAAUAAGCAAAUUGUCAAAAAAUGUACUGGUCAAAAAGGAAAUUAAAAAAUUUGUUCCCAAGUUGAAAAAUUUUGCAUGA